UCCCCUCCCUCCUCCUCCUUCUUCUUCUUCUCCUCCUUCUUAUCCUUCCUCUUCUUUUCUGCGGCAGCAGUCAAGGCUCCAGUGUGUCAGAGAGAGGGUGAAGAGGAGGAAAAAGCAGAGAAGAAGACUGUUUGGACGGAGCUGAGUGUGUGUUUAUGUUUGUAUGUCUCACCAUUGGACGGCCGGGUGAAGGGGCACUAGGAGGAGGAGGAGGAGGAGGAGGAGGAGGAGAGAGGGAAGCCUGCCUGGAUGAAAUUCUCGGUGUCAUGUCACUACGAGUGGACCUUGACUGAUCACAGGGUGAGGGAAAGGGAGAAAGGAAGACGAGGAGGUGGAGAAACUGAGACUUUCACUGGGAAAAGAAGAAGAGGAGGAAGAAGGGGGUAAAGUCUGGCGCUCUGUUUUAUCAUGACAUUGUUGGAUAAACGAAGGGACGGAUUGAGCUCUCUUCAGUGGCGUGUCAACAGGAAUUCUCCUUAGAAGAGAGAGGGAGAGCAAGGAAGAAAAGACAGAGAGAGACUUGUACUGUGUUCAACCCAGCUGAGGAGCAGGAACUGGACUUACAGAGUGUGUGUGUGUGUGUGUGCGUGUGUGAAGAGGGGUUUGUGUGUGUGUUCGUGUGGCUGUGUAACCGGUGGAGGGCAGAGGAGUGGAGGGCCAGGGGACUAACCUGGCCAUCAAACGGACUGGCAGCCUCUCCUCUCCUGGGAUCAUGUACCCUCAGGGCAGGCAUCCGGUCCCCUUACAACCUGGCCAGUCUUUCAAGUUCACAGUCCUGGAAACCCUGGACCGAAUCAAGGAGGAAUUCCAAUUCCUCCAGGCGCAGUAUCACAGCCUGAAGCUGGAGUGUGAGAAGCUGGCCAGUGAGAAGACGGAGAUGCAGAGGCACUACAUCAUGUACUACGAAAUGUCCUACGGUCUCAACAUCGAGAUGCACAAACAGGCGGAGAUUGUCAAGCGUCUCAGUGCCAUCUGCGCUCAGAUCAUCCCUUUCCUCUCUCAAGAGCACCAACAACAGGUGGUCCAAGCAGUGGAGAGGGCCAAGCAGGUCACCAUGGCUGAACUCAACGCCAUAAUCGGGCAGCAGCAGCUCCAGCACCUGUCUCAUCAUGCCCCUGGCAUUCCUCUGACGCCACACCCAUCGGGCCUUUCCCUAGGGGCGGGGGGCUCAGGGCUUCUUGCGCUGACUGGAGCGCUAGGGGUCUCGGCCCAUCUUGCCUCCAAAGAUGAGCGCAAUCACCUUGAUCCCGAACAUCUCAGAGAGGGAGCACCCAGCAGGAGUAAGUCAGUGUCAUCAACAGACAGUCAGCCCGCCGAGGAGCGCCAGGGCCCGUCAGGAGGUUACUCCUCCUCGCAGGGAGGAGCUGAGGCAAAGAGGAGGCGCUGUGAUGACAAAGAGCCCCUUCCACCACACUCCUAUGACAGUGAUGGAGACAAGAGUGAAGACAAUCUCGUAGUGGACGUCUCCAAUGAGGAGCCUAACUCUCCUGUGGGUAGCCCUCCUCACUCCCCUCAUGGGAACGGGUUAGACCGGGCUCCUACUCUAAGGAAAGAGCUCCCAGGCUCCUCCAGCACAGGAGAGGCCCCCUCAACCCCAAACCCCCGCAGCCCCACCCCAGGGAAGGCCAAGGACCCUGCACAGAUGGAUAAGUCCCAGUCUCCGCUGUCAAAGUCUGGUACCCCGUCCCCAUCCCACCGUGAGGCCCUUACCCCUGGAGCACCGGGAGCCCCUGGUCCCAGCACCUCCUGCCUUCGUCUAGUCAGCAAAGCAGCGUCCAGCGCAGACCCCCUUGCUCUCCGCAGUCCCAUGUCUGUGCCCCCCGGUUCAUACCCGGCUCAUUUUGGCGUGGUGUCCCACGCAGGACUGAAUGGGGAACUGGCCAGCCCAGGAGGUUUCGGCGGGGCUCUAACUCUCUCCCCACAAAUCAGCGCAGCGGCCAAUGCCUAUUCCCGGAGCCCCAUGGUGGCGUAUGACUCUAGGUCUCACCUGAGGGCCCCAGGGCUGUCCUCCUCACUGCCUGGUUCCUCUGGCGGCAAGCCCGCCUACUCGUUCCAUGUGAGCGCAGACGGCCAGAUGCAGCCGGUGCCCUUUCCUCCUGAUGCCCUGCUGGGCCCGGGAAUCCCUCGCCAUGCCCGUCAGAUUCACACCCUAAACCACGGAGAGGUGGUGUGUGCCGUUACCAUCAGCACCUCGACGCGUCACGUCUAUACCGGAGGAAAGGGCUGCGUCAAGGUGUGGGACAUCAGUCAGCCUGGAAGCAAGAGCCCCAUGGCCCAGCUGGACUGUCUGAACAGGGAUAACUACAUCCGCUCCUGUAAAAUCCUCCCUGAUGGACGGACCUUGAUCGUCGGUGGGGAGGCCAGCACGUUGUCGAUCUGGGAUUUGGCCACUCCUACUCCACGGAUCAAGGCAGAGCUGACGUCGUCUGCUCCCGCCUGCUACGCCCUGGCCAUCUCCCCUGACAACAAGGUCUGCUUCUCCUGCUGCAGCGACGGCAACAUCGUCGUCUGGGACCUUCACAACCAGACGCUGGUCAGGCAGUUCCAGGGCCACACAGACGGAGCGAGCUGCAUUGAUAUCUCCAACGACGGCACCAAACUGUGGACAGGAGGGCUGGACAACACAGUCCGCUGCUGGGACCUCCGAGAGGGACGCCAGCUCCAGCAACACGACUUCACCUCGCAGAUCUUCUCUCUGGGCUAUUGUCCGACAGGCGAGUGGCUUGCUGUGGGAAUGGAGAGCAGUAACGUGGAAGUCCUGCAUGUCUCUAAACCUGACAAGUACCAGCUGCACCUCCAUGAGAGCUGCGUUCUCUCCCUUAAGUUCGCCUACUGUGGAAAGUGGUUUGUGAGCACAGGAAAAGACAAUCUGUUGAAUGCAUGGAGGACACCAUAUGGAGCCAGUAUUUUUCAGUCCAAGGAGUCCUCGUCUGUGCUGAGCUGUGACGUCUCCCCGGACGACAAGUACAUAGUGACGGGCUCCGGGGACAAGAAGGCCACAGUGUACGAGGUGGUGUACUGAGGGCCGAGACGAGAUGGGAAGAGACAGGAUGGAGAUUUGGGGGCGUUUCUUUUUUUUUUAAAUUUUUUUUAAAAAUUUUUUCUUUUUAAUGGAGGAUGGGGGAGUCAAGCAGUUGCCCCGCCAACGCUCCUGAUCCUCAUUACAUCAGCAACAGAAGCACCUCCGUCUCAGUCCUCUGAGUCCUCCUGACCCUCACCCUGAAUGCAUCAACCCCUUCUCUCCCUUUUUCCUGUGAUAUAAGCUACAGUGGAAGCUCCCAAAUGCUCCCCACACGCCGCGCCCCCCCCCCCCC